AUGGACGUCUUCAAGAAGGGCUUCUCUAUUGCCAAGGAGGGUGUGGUGGGUGCCGUGGAAAAGACGAAACAGGGGGUGACGGAGGCGGCUGAGAAGACCAAGGAGGGUGUCAUGUAUGUGGGAGUCAAGACCAAAGAAGGUGUUGUGCAGAGUGUGACUUCAGUGGCUGAGAAGACCAAGGAGCAGGCCAAUGCCGUGAGUGAGGCCGUAGUCUCCAGUGUCAACACUGUGGCCACCAAGACGGUGGAGGAAGCGGAGAACAUUGCAAUCACCUCUGGAGUGGUGCGCAAGGAGGCCCUGAAGAAACCUGUCCCCUCACAGGAGGAUGAGGCCGCCAAAGAGGAAGAGCAAGUGGCUGAGGAGACCAAGAGUGGUGGAGAUUAG